AGCUACUCUCUCUCUCUCUCUCUCUCUCUCUCUCUCUCUUCACCACCUUUACUUGAAUCUUACUUGGAUCAUUCACCUUUUCGUGCUUUUUUUGGAUCGGAGGAUUCAGUUCCCGAUAUGGCGAUCAAAGACGAGACGGAGGAAAGCUGCGGAAGCAGAGCCGUCAUGGCUGCUGCUGCUGCUUCGGUUACAACUAAGGAGAACCCUAGGCAGCAGCGUAUGAAGCUCGAGGUGUACGGUGAUGUUCUACAGAGAAUCCAGGAGUCUAAUUACGAAGAAGCUAACUUCCCUGAUUUCGAUGAUCACCUCUGGCUCCAUUUCAAUCGUCUUCCUGCUCGAUAUGCUAUGGAUGUAAAUGUUGAGAGAGCAGAGGAUGUACUCACUCAUCAGAGAUUGCUCAAGUUGGCUGAAGAUCCUGCUACUAGACCUGUUUUUGAAGUUCGUUGUGUCCAGGUUUCUCCCUCACUCAAUGGACAUUCUGCUGACGCUGAUGCUUCGGAUCCUGCUGUGAAGGAAGAUGCUCAAAGCUCCUACCAUUCUAGCAGGGUUCUUGCGCCUCCCACUUUUGGUUCUUCUCCGAAUUUCGAGGCUCUUACUCAGGCUUAUAAACAUCAUGCCGAAGAUGAUGAUAGUGCUGUCAAUGCUCAGUUGCCUAAUUCUCGACCGAUGCACGAGAUUACCUUUUCAACCAUUGACAAGCCCAAACUCCUUAGUCAGUUAACUUCCAUGCUUGGUGAACUUGGAUUGAACAUUCAAGAAGCUCACGCUUUCUCUACAGCGGAUGGUUUCUCUCUAGAUGUUUUCGUUGUUGACGGUUGGUCCCAGGAGGAAACAGAAGGUUUAAAAGAUGCAUUGAGGAAGGAGAUACUGAAGCUUAAGGAUCAACCUAGCACAAGGCAAAAGUCUAUUACUUUCUUUGAGCAUGACAAGUCCACUAACGAGCUUCUACCCGCCUGUGUUGAAAUACCCACGGAUGGAACUGACGAGUGGGAGAUUGACAUGAAGCAGCUCAAAAUUGAAAAGAAAGUGGCAUGUGGAUCAUAUGGGGAACUGUAUAAAGGAACCUAUUGCAGUCAGGAAGUAGCUAUCAAAAUCCUAAAACCCGAGCGUGUGAAUACUGAAAUGCUCCGAGAGUUUUCUCAGGAAGUGUAUAUAAUGAGGAAAGUAAGGCACAAAAACGUUGUCCAGUUUAUCGGUGCAUGUACACGAUCUCCAAACCUAUGCAUUGUGACAGAAUUCAUGGCUCGGGGAAGCAUAUAUGAUUUUCUUCACAAACAGAAAGGCGUUUUUAAACUUCAAUCUUUGCUCAAAGUGGCACUUGACGUCUCCAAAGGAAUGAACUAUUUGCAUCAAAACAAUAUCAUUCAUCGAGACCUCAAGACCGCUAAUCUUCUCAUGGACGAACAUGAAGUCGUCAAGGUUGCUGAUUUUGGGGUCGCGAGAGUGCAGACUCAGUCAGGGGUCAUGACAGCUGAAACUGGGACUUACCGAUGGAUGGCUCCAGAGGUCAUUGAGCACAAACCUUAUGAUCAUAGAGCAGAUGUCUUCAGUUACGCGAUCGUGUUGUGGGAACUUUUGACUGGCGAGCUCCCAUAUUCUUACUUGACUCCACUGCAAGCAGCUGUUGGCGUUGUCCAAAAGGGACUUAGACCAAAAAUUCCAAAAGAAACACACCCAAAACUGACUCAGCUUCUUGAGAAAUGCUGGCAACAAGACCCAGCUCAAAGACCAGAUUUUGCAGAAAUCAUAGAAAUGGUUAAUCAAGUACUCCAUGAGGUUGGAGAUGAGGAGCGCCAAAAGGAUAAACGUGGUGGUUUCUUCUCAGGUCUAAGAAAAGGCCACCAUUGAUAUACUCUCAAGUAGAUGCUGAAACGUGAUAUGUUUGAUCGAUCGGUCUGAAUAGAGCUCAAAUCUCAGAUCUCAUCUUUGCUUUGUAUAGUUUUUGUUUCUAAUAUCUCUGUAUAGAUUAUAUUUUUCUAGAGCCUCACUUUUUACUUCAAUUCUUUUUUUUUUUUCCUUUUGAGAAGAAUCACUGAGCGGCUAUGAAAAUUAUUUUGUUGACUUGUUGUUACAUGUCUGCCUUUCGAGCGAAACUAGUUAUCUUAUUA